AUGGCAGGAGUGAAGUUCAUUAGCUGCUCUUCUGUACACUCAGUUACUUUCUCAAAGAGACCACCAAUUGGAAUCUCUGUUAGAGAAGCUUAUUCAUGGAAGAAGAACAAUAAGCUUUCUUCAUUAUUCAUGUCAACCAAGUGCCAGAGUACAUCAUCAUCAUCAUCACCAUUAUCAAUAGAUAACUCAGCAAAGCUAGAGACUCAAGGCCAUCAAGGGAUGGUCGCUGAUUAUGACAAUAAGAAUACCUCGGAAGAGCUGUUCAAAAAGGUGCAAAUGGUAUUACGAAAACCUUGUGAUCAAAGUACCAAAAUGAGACUAAUAGAUAGCAUCCAACGGUUGGGAGUUGGCCAUCGUUUUGAAGAAGAAAUCAAACUAAUACUUCAAGGCUUGUCAGAUUGCAACUCCGGCGAAGACAACCUCUUUGAAACUGGGCUUCGUUUUCGGCUACUGAGGCACAAUGGCUUUCCAACUAAUUCAGAUGUUUUUGACAAAUUUAUCAACGAGAAUGGGGAAAUUAAGAAUGUAUCGAGCCAAGACACAUGGGGUAUUCUGAGCUUGUAUGAGGCAUCCUACCUUGCAGCAAACGGUGAAGAAUCAUUGCUCAAAGUCAUGGAAUUCACAAGAUCUCAUCUGAAAAAUUCAAUGCCUUCUAUACCCACAGAGCUACAAAAUCAAAUUGGCAAAGCCUUGGAGCUCCCUAGACACCUGAGGAUGGCACCAUUAGAAGUUCGAAACUACAUCGACGAAUAUAGCCAAGAAUUAAACCACUACCCGGCUCUUCUUGAGUUAGCCAAGUUAGAAUUUAACGAGCUUCAGUCCCUUCACAAAAGAGAAUUAACCGAGAUCAUAAGGUGGUGGAAACAAUUGGGUCUGGUUGACAAACUUGCUUUUGCCAGAGAUCGGCCAUUAGAAUGCUUUCUAUGGACAGUUGGAAUAUUCCCUGAAAAAAGCUAUUCCAACAUACGGAUUGAGCUAGCCAAAACUGUUUCAAUCUUACUAGUCAUCGAUGAUAUCUAUGACACAUAUGGAUCGUUAGAUGAACUCGUCUUGUUCAAUGAUGCAAUUCGAAGAUGGGAUCUUGGUGCAAUGGAUAAGCUUCCUGAAUACAUGAAGAUAUGUUACAUGGCAUUAUACAAUACUACUAAUGAAAUUGGCUACAGAGUUCUGAAAGAACAUGGAUUGUGCAUUACACAACACUUAAAGAGAACGUGGAUAGACAUAUUUGAUGCGUUUCUAACCGAAGCAGAAUGGUUCAACGAAAAAUACACUCCAACUGUAGACCAAUAUUUAACAAAUGGGGUGACUAGUGGAGGAUCCUACAUGGCCUUAGUGCACUCAUUUUUCCUCAUAGGUCAUGGUAUUACAGACGAAACUAUUUCAAUGAUGCACCCAUAUCCUGAGAUCUUCUCUUGCUCAGGGAAAAUUCUAAGACUUUGGGAUGAUUUGGGAACAGCCAAGGAGGAGCAAGAGAGAGGAGAUGUUGCUUCUAGCAUAGAUUGUUAUAUGAAAGAAGAGAAUAUUGAAUUGGAAGAUGAGGCCAGAAAACACAUAAAGAAAUUGAUUAGAAGUUCAUGGAUGGAGCUAAAUGGAGAGUUGAAGGCUCCUAGUGCAUUGCCUCGGUCGAUUACCAGAGCUUGCUUUGACCUUGCUAGAACUGCCCAAGUCAUCUAUCAACAUGGAGAUGACCAAAGAUUUUCAAGCGUAGUAGAUCAUGUGCAAUCUUUGUUUUUUCGACCCUGUGUCACUAAUUUUUCAUCAAAAUCGCAUAUAAAAGAUCAACAUGUAUGAUGUAUAAAAUCAUAGUGGG